AUGACGACGAAAACAAAAACGAACGAUGAAAAGGAUGAAAGUGAUAUGAAUGGUAUAAAAAAUACGCGAGCGAUUGGCAAGAAAAAUGUUCUAAAAAAAGAAACGAUACAUCGAUUGAUCAAGGACGUCUCUCGGGUGGAUUUCGCGGCCCCUGCGCCGGCGUAUUUAGAGAAUAACUUAGGGCAAUCGAACGUGAGACGGUAUUUAUUAGAACCUGGGCCGAAAGACGGGUCGCACUCGAGGUGUAGGAUUGUUCGGAAGAAGGACGCGUUCGGGUAUUGCACGUACGUGUUGUACGCGGAUUGUCCUCCUCCUCCUCCUAAUCCUCCUCCUCCGUCGUCGUCGAUGCGCGAAGGGAAGGACCUUGUCGAUGAGAAUAGAAACGAAGAAAAGAAUGGUCGACGUUGCAAAAGUCGAUUCGAGGCGCGAGCGCUGUGCGCGGCGAGGAAGAGGAAGAAAUCGAGAAGGUCGCGAAUGGUUGUUUCUUUAGACGUGGCUGAUAUACGCGAGAGUUCGUCGCAAUAUUUAGGAAAGAUAGCGGCGACAAAUGCAGCCGGAACGAGGUUUGAGUUGUUCGACGACGGCGCGAAACCGGGCACGUGGGAGACGUUCGAGAGAUCCGUGAGAGAGGACUACGAGGACGGGGCAGAAGAUGAGGACGAAGACGAAAAUGGUGACAAGAGCGACGACGACGACGACGACGACGACGACGACGACGACAACGACGACGACGACAACGAUGGUGAUGAUGACGAAGAAGCAAGCAAAGACGCGACUGAGGUGAAAAACAGAGCGCGUCUCGGUACGGUGGAAUACAACUUGAACCCGCUCGGAAUACACGGACCGCGACAGAUGCGCGUGGAAAUAGUCAACACGGAAGAAACGGGAAGAGAGACGAGCAACGGCGCACAACCGGUCACCGCUCGAUUCAAAAACAUCUUACCCGCGUGGAACAAAAAAAUGCGCGCGUAUUGUCUCAACUUUAACGCGAGAGUGACUCAACCGUCCGUGAAAAAUUUUCAACUUUUGAUCGACGACGAUGACGACGACAACGACGACGCUUUUUCCGCGGCCGCCGAAAAGAACAAAAACGAAGUCGAAGAUGAAGAGAACGAGAAAGCACCGCCGACGAUUGAUGAUAACGACGACGACGAUAAAUCUAUCGCGAAAAACGCAGCUUCCGUGAGAGAAAAACAGCGUCGCAAGCGAGAAACGAGGUGGCAAAAAUGGAUUUUACAGUUUGGUAAAAUAGGCGAGGACGUGUACACGAUGGAUUUCCGCUACCCGUUUACGCCUUUACAGGCGUUCAUGGUGUGCGCAACGUCUCUGGAUAAAAAGCUCGGCUGCGAAUGA